AUGGAUAAGGAAAAUGAGCCUGUUGCCUCCGAGCAAAUGAAAUCAAUCUCUCGUCAACAAGACGUCGAAGAGAAAUCAUUCGAUGACGACAACCCCGCAGUCUCAACUGAAGAACUGUAUACUGUAUUUACGAAAUGGGAGAAGCGCUGGAUUAACCUCCAAUCUUCCUUUGCCGCGAUGUUCUCGACGUUGAGCAGCUAUAUCUAUUUCCCUGCCCUGGUCCCAAUGGCUCGAGACCUACACGUGUCAGUGGCACUGAUCAAUCUAACUGUAACUUCAUACUUGAUCGUAGCGGCAGUGGCUCCAGCGUUCAUGGGUGACUUAGCCGACCAGGGCGGGCGGAGACCUGUAUAUAUGAUCAUGUUCAUUUUCAUGCUCGGGGCGAACGUGGGCAUGGCUCUUCAAACUAGCUAUCCGGCGUUGCUGGUACUGAGGACGUUGCAAAGUGCGGGGGCUUCUGGCCUGAUAGGUGCUGCCUACGGUGUGGUGGCUGAUAUCACCCAGAAAGAGGAACGUGGAGGAUUUGUUGGUGUACUUCUGCUUCUCACAGAUAUAGCGCCUAGCUUGGGCCCAGUAAUAGGCGGUAGUCUCACACAAACCUUGGGCUGGAGAUGGAUAUUCUGGUUUCUUGCUAUACUUCAAGGUACACACAUGUUGGUCAUCGCGCUAUUCAUGCCUGAAACCCAGCGAAAUAUUGUUGGAAAUGGCAGUGGACGAUGUCGGGGGAUUUACUGGAGCAUUCUCUACAUGCUACAGAGCCCUUCGGUCAAGAAGUCUAGGGUCGAUAUGAAGAAGCCGAGGCGUCAUUACCCGAAUCCACUGGCAUGUCUACCAAUACUGAGGAACAAAGACUCGUUGACUGUUGUGGUUAUGUACGCCAUUACUUAUGCCGUCAAGCUAACACUACAGACUAGCCUCGGCGCGCAAGCUUUGGAGAUAUAUCAGCUAGAUUACUUAGCCGGUGGCUUGAUAUAUCUCCCGUCAGGUGUAGCCGGAGGCAUAGGGUCGUAUAUGACUGGACGAUUCUUAGACCGCAACUACCAGAAGACGAAGGACCAGUUUCUUAACAACAACAACUCAGAAACGCCAGGCCGCUUAUCAAAUGCAAGAUUGAUUAGGAUAAGACUCAAAGGGCUGUACCUUUUAGUAAUAGUCACGGCUGCUGGAACUAUUGGGUAUGGGUGGGCACUUGCAACCCGAGCGCAUAUCUCCAUCAUGCUUAUAUUGCAGUUCCUCACCGGAAUGACCACGGCUAGUACUUUUACUAUGACAUCUACGUUGCUCACUGACCUCAAUGCUGAUCGCUCAGCUACAGCCCAAGGUGCUUCUAGCAUCGUGCGAUGCUUACUUGCCGCCGCUGCCACUGCUACCGUGGAGCCCCUAGCGGAAGCUGUCGGGCUUGGAUGGUGCUUCGUUGUGUAUGCCUUCAUCGUACUGGUAAAUCUACCACUAUCGUGGGGGCUGCAAUACUAUGGGGAUAGACAAUAGACAAGGGCCAAUCCUUUCGAGCUCUUCGAUCUCAUCUUGUCUCACGACCGAGGUGUUACACGGGCUAAACGCCUUCGUACAGCCAGACAUGCAAGCCGCCUACGGGCUUCGGAUGUACAACCAAUAAAAACAAGACAUGCAGACCGUAUAGAACUUCAACCCUUGCUUAGAUGAAACAUUUUAACGAGCCUCGGGUGAAGGCUUUGAAUCUUUGCCGCUGCAAUAGAACAUCAUGCUGUGAAUGGCUCCAAUUACAAGCUUUUUCACCAGCUUCUAUUCUACUUCCUCCUUCCAUAGUCAACACAAGGCCUGUGUUUGGCUUAUUCGGUCAUGUGGUGGAUCCUUGGGUCGCCACGACGGGUGUCACUACUCAUAGAGAUAUCACGUUGAUUGUUAGGCUUGCUCCCCGUUUGCUCGCUUGUAAGUGAUAGUUAAUAGUCUCGCCACCAAUGACAAGUAAGCGCCAAGUGCUACCUGAAAAUCUUCUGGUAUUAUCUAUGAAUACUAAUUCAAUUGUUACCUUGGUACCUACUUAUGGCACCUAUCAAUUCUAAGACAUUGUGACGACUACUUGAAGUGGCAACACUAAACGUAUCACCAAAGGUUACGAGGCUGCUGCCAGAGCGAACAGUGGUAGCCGCGCGCAAGCCCACCGGGA